ACUAAGAAACACAAUUUUCUAGAAACCACACAACAAAAAAGCAGUUGUGGGAAUUGUUUCACUUGUUUAUAUUUUUAUUGUGCGCAUUAAGGAAGCGGUUGAUUGAUCCUCCCUUGUAGCUAAUCUGUAGGAGCAGAUUGUUCAGUUCAGAAAAGCAAAAAACAGAGCAAAAAAUGUCGUGGCAAAGUGUCCCCCAAUAUCCUCAAUACCAAGAUCCCAAUCAGCAGUACAACUACGGCGGUGGUUAUCCACCACAAGGUGGCUAUCCGCCACAGGGUGGCUAUGGCGGUGGUUACCCGCAAGGACCGCCACAGGGAGGCGGUUAUCCGCCGUACGGUCAGGGUGGCGGUCAGCCGUAUCCUCAGGGACCAUACGGCCAGGAUCCAUAUGGUCAGGGUCAACCACCCGGUGGAUAUGCGCCCCAACCGGGUUUCAUUCAACCACCGCCAUCGACUGGCUACGGCGCCUACGAUGAUCCCGAGGGUCAGCCCAAGAACUUCUCUUUUGACGAUCAGAGCAUCCGUCGCGGCUUCAUACGCAAAGUUUACAUUAUUCUAAUGGGUCAACUCUUGGUGACGUUUGGAGCUGUUGCACUGUUUACCUUUCACGAGGGCACCAAGCGAUUUGUACAAAAGAAUAGCUACCUCUUUUGGGUGGCGCUGGCUGUUGUGAUUGUGACCAUGUUGUGCAUGGCCUGCUGCGAGAGCGUUCGACGUCAGACACCAACCAACUUUAUAUUCCUCGGCUUGUUUACAGUGGCGCAAUCGUUCCUCUUGGGCGUAUCUGCCAGUCGCUUCGGUCAACAAGAGGUUCUAAUGGCUGUGGGCAUAACGGCUGCUGUUUGUCUCGCUUUGACAAUCUUUGCCACGCAAACCAAGGUGGACUUUACCAUGAUGGGCGGCAUCUUAGUCGCUUGCAUGGUCGUCUUUAUAAUCUUUGGCAUUGUGGCCAUAUUUGUAAAGGGCAAAAUUAUAACGCUUGUAUAUGCAUCGAUUGGUGCGCUGCUCUUCUCGGUGUAUCUGAUAUAUGACACCCAGCUGAUGAUGGGCGGUGAUCACAAGUACUCGAUUAGUCCCGAGGAGUAUAUAUUUGCUGCACUGAAUCUUUACUUGGAUAUAAUCAACAUCUUCAUCUACAUUCUAACCAUAAUUGGCGCCUCGCGCGAUUAGAAUCAGGCGCACAAUUAACAACAUUUUGGUUAGAACUUAUUUUGAUUUUAAUCGGCAGCUUAUUAAUGUUUUGCUUCCUAUUACUAGUUACGAUAAUCGCGUAAUCUCAUUUGAAAGCGUUCAGAUAUUAUUGUAUUAAUCUAUUUGGUUGCUGUAUACAUCAAGUAUUUGUUUUCAGUACUUUGUGUUAUCAAUUAACUAAUUUCCUUAUAUAGAUUGUAUUAAUGUUAAGGUGAAAUGAACGGAAAAAAAUUCUUAAGUUGUUAUGCAUAAAAACAAAAAUAUGCACAUAUUUAGUUUUCAUAUGAUAAUAAUAAUAAUAUGUACUUCAAAAUUUGUUAAAGCUCUGCAUACCUGAUAUUGAUUCGAUUGAUGGAUGAUUCCAAACCAAAUAAUUACCACAUACAAACAAUAAAUAGUCGUGUACGUAUUCACAUAAUAAUACAAUACAAUAAUUAUAUACAUACCUCUCUACAUAUAUUUAUGCAGCGUUGCGUCGCCUCGCUUGCAGUUGUUAAUCAUAUACAGAAAAAAAAACAAUGUUUAUUAAAUGCAGACUUGUAAGGAAAAACAGAAACCCCCCAAAGAAUAUUCUACUAUAUACUGUGCAACGACACAGCUCAAAAGUCAACAAUAAAGCGAAUCUAUUUAUUUAUUUAA